AUGGCACUGGCUUUCGUGUGUCGCGCCACAUGUGCCUUUCGUCCAAGCUGCAGAGGGCAGCUGCGUGGCUUGGUGACCGCCACGCGGCCGAAGCCCAUGAAACGCUUCUACGAGGAAGUGACAGUGCAAGAAGUCAUUGGAUCACCAUCGCUUUGGCGCGUGCUUUUGGAUGGCAAGGUGGUCAAGACUCCCAAAGGAACGCCCUUAGAUCUUCCUGGUCCUGGAGUGGCUGCGGAAGUGGCAGGAGAGUGGCAGACACAGGGUGAUGAUUUGCAACCCUUGGAGAUGCCCUUCACGACCAUCGGCUGUACGGCCUUGGACAUCACCAAAGCUGAUCCUCCGGCCUGUGUCGAUCGGCUGCUACCCUUCCUGGAGAUGGACACGGUGUGCUUUCAAGGAGAGCAAGACUUGCUGGCAGAUCGACAACGGCAAGAAUGGGGACCUUUGCGAGAAUGGUUUGAAUCUGAGUAUAAUGUGAAGCUUGGAGUAGCCACUGGGCUGGCGUCUCCCAAUCACCCAGAGGAGACCAUCCUUCGUGUCACCGAGCAGCUCUUGUCACGCGACAUUUGGGAGCUUUGUGCUUUGGAAAUCGCCACCCAGACGGCGAAAUCCUUCAUCGUGGCCAGCGCCUUGGUGGACCGCGAGACUUGCCUUGCAGAGGAGGCCAUCCGAUUGGCACAGUUGGAGGAGGACUUCCAAGUCGAACGAUGGGGUAUGGUAGAAGGCGACCACGAUGUGACUGAGAGUGAGAUGUUGAAGUGGCUCACGGCUUACGCUUAUCCGGCAGCGUCCGCGUGGACGUACUCGCCGCGGACUCUGCGCCGUUGGUCCUCCCUGGCACUGCUCGCGCUGAUCGCUGCGUCGGCCUUGCUCCUCCAGGGCGACGUCUUUUCCGUGCCACGCCUCGCACGGCUCAAGGGCAGCAGCUCUGCGGAGGAGGUUGCAGAGGUCUUGAUUCGUGAUGGCGUGGUGCUGCUGGAAAGAAAUGAUGCGGAGACAGUGAGGGCUGCAUUUAAGGAGUUGGAAGAAGGCCGCAUGGGAGAUGGUCAAAGCGUCCGCUACGGGGAGAGCACACAGCUCUUGAAGAGACCCUUGGAUCCCCAAAAGGAGCUUCACCUGCGGCGCUUGGCAGAGGAUCCCAUCAUCACGGCCGCCGCCGAGUUGGCACGGCAACGGCAUGGCGAAGGAUCGGACCAUGGCAUCGCCUGGGAGGUGCGACUGUUGAUCCUCUCUUCUGGCAUGCCAGAAGGUGAUAUGCAUCGCGAUGUGGUGGAUACAUCCAGCAUUCCCUUGAAGAGACCCUUGCAGUGGGGCCUCAACACGAUUUGGGCAGUGGACGACUUCACAGCGGAGAACGGCGCCACGCGCUUCGUGCCGGGCAGCCACUCCUCUUCGGCGGCCCAGGGCUUUUGGCUGGGCGGCCUUCCUGAGGCCACGGCACAUGCCAAGGCGGCCACGAUGGCUGCGGGCUCGGUCGUGAUAUAUUAUGCCAGCACCUUGCAUGGCAGCGGCGAGAACCGCUCGCCACAGCGUCGUGCAGGCCUUAACUUCAACUACGCCUUCGUGGAUGAACUGGGCCAACGUCGGCCGACCCGCAGUUGCCGCUUCAUGCGGUUUUCGCGCUUUCGUGUCAAUGACAUGUCAAUCAAAGUAACUGGAUAG